UGUGAUGUUAAUAUUGUGUAACGUUUUUUCCUAUGAACGGGGCCGUGGCCUGAUUAAUCAAGACUAUCUUAAACUUUGUUUCGAGUUCGAUGCUCACAAUUCAUUCGUGCUUGCGGGCCUUGUCGUGUGCACUUUUCUAAUGAUUUGUGUCAUUUCCACAUUCGCAAAAUUGCAAAAUGUGACCGUUAAAGGAGUAGCGGUCUGCCAAAAAAGACGUAUGGCCAAUCAACGUGUUCAACUCUAUGAUAGGGACACCUUGGAUCCAAAUGACCUUCUCUCCGAAAUUCAUACUAACAAGGAUGGAGAGUUUGAGUUGUAUGGAGAAGAAAACGAGCUGGGGAGCAUCGAGCCGUUUGUUCGAAUUCACCACAACUGCAAUACAAAACCAGGUUGUACUCGUGUCAGUGACUACGAGGUACCUCAUAACAAAAUCGGUGGGCUGUACGACAUGACGUACGUCACACUCGACAUUGUUGUACAUGUUGUAACUCUAGCGAUGUGUUUGGUGUCAGUAAUGGCAAAAAUGCAAAACGUCACGGUGAAAGGUGUUGCCGUGUGUAACAAGAAGCGUCUGGCCAACGUCCAUGUCGAAUUGUACGAUAGGGAUACCUUGGAUCCCAAUGAUUUGCUCGCCGACAUGCAUACGAACUCCGAAGGUGAAUUCGAAGUCUUUGGCCAAGAAGACGAGGUCGGCAGCAUCGAACCGUUUGUUCGCUUCACUCAUAACUGCAUGGUGUCGAAGCCCGGAUGCCAGCGCAUAGGCGACUAUGAUGUACCUCACGACAAGAUCGGUGACGUCUACGAUAUGACGUAUGUCGCACUUGAUAUCAAAGUACAUGGUGAAAAGGAGAAGUGUUAG